UACUUAACCAAUGGGUGACCCGCCCAGGUGUCAUUUGGAGCAAAACCACACACACGAAACCACAUACAAAACCACAUACACAGCAAAACAGUUAGUCACAGUUAUGAACUAGGGCACAGCAAGUUUAAUAACAAGUUGUCAGGGGGUUUGAAUAUACAGUUUUAAGUAAAAAAAUACUGAGAUAACGGAACAGACAAGCCAACAAGGGUGGUGUAGAUGGCGAGGGUGGAGGAACUAAUGUUUGCAAGUGUUGGCAUGUGUAGAGAACAGUGUUUGCCUUAUUGAAAUAUAUGCACUUUUGCUAUCUUUAAUGGUCCAUUUGCUAUGAGCUCACAACAAGUUUAGCAGGAAAGAUUUAGAGCAACAAUGUGCAUUUUGAUGCACAACAGUAAGCCUUGAUAUAUUAUGUGUGUUAAGUCAGUCAACAGUAAUGAUAAUCUAAGCUGACUGGCAGCAGUAAUUUCAGUCAUCAGCCAGUCACCAUUAACUGAGAGUGCAUUGUGGACCAGCAAUUGCCAGAAGGACCUGUGCGCCACUUACUUGACAUUGGUUUAGUCUCCAGUGAUGUUCCUUCCCGAGCUCGAUAUUUUCGUGGGCAAUGUUUUCAUUAUUGACUGGGAGAUCUUCAAGCUGUGGCUGGAUGGACACUGAGUGUCACAGCGCCGUGAGCCUGCUCCAGCAGCGGGGCACCUUGUUGGCCGGCGCCACGCUCGACAUGCUGCACGGCGACGUGAUGGACCACUACCGCAGCUUCAGCACGCUGGAGCGGCUGCUGGAGGUGCCCACGCUGUUCGUGGAGCAGCGCGUGCUGCAGAUCAGCCCCAACGACCAGAUGGACAUCAUCGAGAAGUACUACGAUUUUGACGACGCCGUGAUGCGGGAGCUCAUCGGCAAGAAGCCCUCCUCCAAGCUGCGCAAGGAGCUGGACGACGUGUGCGACAAGACGGGCGUGCUCGUGCGCUCCUGUCGGCGGCAGUUCGACAACGUGCGCCGCAUCUACAAGCAGGUGGACGAGAUGACCGGCAACGUGCUGGACAACAUCCGCCAGCAGUUCCUGCUGCCCGACCCCCUGGCCCGACGAUACGCGGCCAUCUUGUUUUUGGACUGGGUCCGAUUUGAGACGCACAAACGGAAGCUGGCGCACCUGACUUUCAACGACUUCUUCGUGUGCGCUGACGCCCUGCUGCGCCACUGGGCGGACGAAGAGUGCGAGCUCGACAAGGAGUUCUUCCAGGACCUGCGGGAGAUCAAGGCCAUGCUCGACAGGGAGAAGGAGGCUAAGGCUGUGACGCUGCGUAAGCUGGAGGGCGGCAGGCUGUCGACGGACGCUGCCGGCGACCUAUCGCAGAACUUCCGCUGCCUGUUCCGCAGUCUGGUGAACAUCGCCACCGGCCUGUACCGCAGCAGGGAGCUCAAGGACCUGUUUAUCGACUUGCAAGAAAAGGUGGUGGAGCCGUGUAAGAGCGCGCGCUGGACACUGCAGGACAUGGACGCCUUCCUGGCAGCCAUCAACUUUGACGUCUCAGAAAUCGACACUUUCAGAAGGGAGACGGACCUGCCGAUCCUGUGGCGUCGCUACCUGCGCGCAGUGGGCCCCUGCGUGCUGCAGCUGUUCGCCAGCUGACGACGGUCUGCUCGCGGCCGGCCGGGCGUCAGCUGACCUGC